AUGAGAAUUCCACCAUUGAUGGAAAGAUUAAGAAGAUAUUAUGGAUGCGGGGUUUGGGCAGGAAAAAUAUUUUGUGUGCUAGUUGCAAUCGACUUUUUACUAUGGAGAUUUUUAGAAUGGAUUUUUCCUGAAAGUGAUAUUGAUAUUGCUCCUUCAUUUCCAUAUCAGAAAUAUAGAAAAAUGUGUCAAAUGGCAGAUAAAGAUGAUGAUGAUCUAAGAGAUUCAUUAAAUAGACAACAAAAAACUGCUUCUUUUAGACUUAAUAAAAACAAAUUUGUUGUUGUAUCAAUGCAGAGGUUGACAUUCUUUGAAUGGGCAAAUUUAAUAAUUUCUGAUGAUAAAAAAGAAAACAUCAGAUCAUCGGAUGAAGUUUUAGGUUUACUAGAUAAUUGUGAUCCACCUGCAAUGGUUCAUAUAAGUCAAUCUAGACGUGGUAGUUCCACCUCUACCAUAAUGUCACAUUCAACUUCACAAACAAAGAUUAAUGAUCAAUUUUCAACCGAUGUUAAUCACAAAAAACCUUUUAUAUGA